AGUUGGCUCUUCCUCACUGUGUUCAUAGAGACUGUCAGUUUCGUGUCGGCUUUGGCUUUCUUACGGAUUUUGUUGUGAACCAGCCGCUGCAUCUACGUCGAAAUGGCUGAUCAGCUUACAGAAGAGCAGAUUGCUGAGUUCAAGGAGGCAUUUUCGCUCUUUGACAAGGAUGGAGAUGGCACCAUCACCACCAAAGAGCUGGGCACAGUCAUGCGUUCUCUGGGCCAGAACCCCACAGAGGCAGAGCUGCAGGACAUGAUCAAUGAAGUGGAUGCUGAUGGAAAUGGAACGAUAGACUUCCCGGAGUUCCUGACCAUGAUGGCAAGGAAGAUGAAGGACACAGACAGCGAGGAGGAGAUCAGAGAAGCAUUCCGUGUCUUUGACAAGGAUGGCAAUGGAUACAUCAGUGCUGCUGAGCUGCGCCAUGUGAUGACAAACCUCGGAGAGAAGCUGACUGAUGAAGAAGUGGAUGAGAUGAUCAGAGAAGCAGACAUUGACGGAGAUGGACAGGUCAACUAUGAAGAGUUCGUACAAAUGAUGACGGCGAAGUGAAGGCCUUGUACAGAUUUCGUAUAUAAAUAAUUUGCCUUUUUUUCUUUGUGUAAUUUAUCUGUAAAAUCUUAAUAGCCCCCCUUCGUCCCUGCCCCUUCUGCUGUCCAAAGGAACUGCAUGUAAACUGCAUAGGCUCUUGUCCCCAUGUCCCUUUCUUUUGCUGUCAUGGUGUUUUGGAGUGACGGAACGGUCAUACAACCAGAUGCCCGUGGAGGCCCCUGGGAGCCAGAGAACUUCGAAUCUUCCUGUCUUGUGCUCGGGGCCCCUCCACGCAUGGCGACAUUGGAAACCUGUCAGCUGGUUGUCACUUGGCAACACUGUUGGCAUGGAAACAAUGUAGAGGAGUUAAACUCUGCAUGGACUACGGACAAAGUAUAUAUGGAAAAUCUCUCAGCAUUGCACUACUGCAAAAAAAUGACACGGGUGUAUCUCCUAGGUACUCGUACAAACUCUUUUUGUAUCUGCUGUUCUAUAUACCAGAAAACGACUAAUCUUACCAUGCUUUUUAAUGUUUUACUCACUACUUUUGCUUUUCUUUCUUUCUUUUUUUUUAUGGCCUCUGGUCAUGCCUCAAAUAAUCCAUUCCAAGUUGUAUAUUUUUGUUUUCCAAUAAAAUUUACAAUCUACCCGGA